ACAGAACUCGGGUUGCUUUUCAAUCACCCUUGUUCCUUACAUUCGUUCUUUUGACACCCACUCUCUCUACCUAAUCACAUCCCUUCGUUACCCCUUACAUUCCUUACAAGAUGCUGUCCAAGAUGCAGCUCGCCCAGCUGGCGGCGUUCGCCAUGUCCCUCGCGACCGUCGAGGCCGCCUACCAGGGUUUCAACUACGGCAACAAGAAGGCCGAUGAGAGCUCCAAGUUCCAGGCCGACUUCGAGGAGGAAUUCAAGGUCGCCAAGACCCUGGUCGGCACCUCCGGCUUCACCAGCGCCCGUCUCUACACCAUGAUCCAAGCCUACAGCACCAGCGAUGUCAUCGAGGCCAUCCCCGCCGCCAUCGCCCAGGAUACCUCCCUGCUCCUCGGUCUCUGGGCCUCGGGUGGUGGCAUGGACAACGAGCUGACCGCCCUCAAGUCCGCCAUCGCCACCUACGGCGAAGAACUCGGCAAGCUCGUCGUCGGUAUCUCCGUCGGCAGUGAGGAUCUCUACCGCAACUCCGUCGAGGGUGUCGAGGCCGACGCCGGUGUCGGUGUCAACCCCGAUGAGCUCGUCACCUACAUCAAGGAGGUCCGUGAGGCCAUCGCCGGUACCGCCCUGGCCGAUGCCCCCAUUGGUCACGUCGACACCUGGGACUCCUGGACCAACAGCUCCAACUCCGGCGUGGUUGAUGCCGUCGACUGGCUGGGCUUUGACGGCUACCCCUUCUUCCAGAGCAGCAUGUCCAACUCCAUCGAUGACGCCAAGGCGCUCUUCCAGGAGUCCGUCGAGAAGACCAAGUCCGUGGCGGGUGACAAGGAGGUCUGGAUCACCGAGACCGGUUGGCCCGUGAGCGGUGACUCCGAGGGUGAGGCCAUUGCCUCCAUUGCCAACGCCAAGAUCUACUGGGACGAGGUCGGCUGCCCUCUGUUCGGCAACACCAACACCUGGUGGUACAUCCUGCAGGAUGCUUCCACCACCACCACCCCCAACCCCAGCUUCGGUAUCGUCGGCAGCACCCUCAGCACCACUCCCCUGUUUGACCUGUCUUGCAACUCCACCUCGUCCUCGUCCACCUCCGCCAGCGCUUCGUCCGCCACUGCCUCCGCCGGCAGCAAGGCCGUUGGCUCCCAGACCUCCGCUUUCGCCACCUCUGCCGCUGGUGCCGCUGGUGCCAAGCCCACUUUCACUGUCGGUCGUGGUGGUGUGAACGGCACUGCCUACGGCAACGGUACCUACCCCGCCCGCCCCAGCGGCUCCGCCUCCGCUCGUCCCUCCUCCGGUGUCAUCUCCUCGGGCUCCUCCAGCGGCUCCUCCAGCGGCUCGGGCAGCUCCGGUAGCACCGGCACCUCUGCCACCUCGGGCCAGUCUUCCUCUUCCUCGGGUAGCUCGGCCGCCGCGGCUUCCUCCGCCCUGUACACCGGCGGUGCCAGCAGCGUCUCCGGCUCCAUGUUCGGUGCCGUUGUGGCCGUCUUCCUCGCCCUUGCUGCCUUGUAAGGGAUGAAUCCCGCGUAGGCGUUCUCGGUGGGCGCUCCGAGUGUGAUUGGUGUUUGGUCUUCUCUUCGUGAUAUAUAUUUCCCCAAAACUUUCGCUUGCAUGUUUGCCAGGAUGAUAGACAAAUGUUAUUUUAGAUUUGGAUCGUUAUCAUCCAUACAUCAAGCUGCUUGAACACCGACUCUGCUGCUGUUUCGUAGUCGUAGCAAUCCUGUCUGCAUGUUGUAUGCACUGUAGCUUCUGCUUACAGAACCACUGCUUAGCCAGACAUCACCACCUGUGUCUACUCUCUACUUUCUUAGCGUCUCUAUGGAGUAUGCCGGCUUCUGAUGCUGUGGAAAGUAUGCCAUUCUAUCUCAGAAAAAUUCAACUUUCACCUGACAAGGAACUCGUUGGAGAAUUAACGAAAUAAAACAUGAAAGAUCGUGGAAAUCACGAUAGGAUGAGAUAUUGUUAUCCC